AAAAUGAAAGAACUAAAGAUUAGUACAAAAUAGAACAACAAAAAAGAAAUACCAAAAAAGUAUUUUAGUUUUUUUUUUUAUAAUAACGGGUUAAAUAACAGAUAAAAAAUGAAAAAUAGUUUUUUUACGUUGAGAAUUAGCGCACGAAGGAUUGUUGGCUUGGUUGUAAUAUUUGUUAUAUUUGGAAUGAUACUUUAUCAAACUCAGUAUCCAGAUCGAAUAAUGGAUACUUUUGAUAACCAGAUGAAUACGAAAAAAAAUGACCUGGUCCAAGUAACUGAAACACCAAGAGAUAGUCUUUUUAAGGAAGCGGAAGCUAUUUCUCAUAUAACUUUUGAUACCGUUGAAAAAGAAAAUACUGUUUAUACAGUUCUUAUUUUAAUUUCAUCAUUUAUUACCCAUAGAAAUAGAAGAAUUAAAAUCAGAGAAACAUGGGGAAAUUCAAGUAUGUGGGCAACCGCAGAUAAAUAUAAAAUUGUUUUUUUGACAGGUAAAGUAAAUACAGCAAGCUCAAUGAUAGAAAUAGCUGAAGAAGCCAAAAUAUCAAAAGAUAUUGUUUUGUUGGAUAUACCGGAAAACUUUUACCUGUUAGCAAAAAAGGUUAUUGUCGGGCUAACAUGGGCAAAACAUAACAUUAAAUUUAAAUCUGUUCUUAAAGGCGACGAUGAUACAUUUAUGAACAUAGAUAAUAUUAUAGAUUUUAUUAAUCAAAACAAAAAAACUGAUGGCUAUUUUGGAAACUUAAUGUAUCAUCAACCCGUUGAACGAAAAGGUAGGUAUAAAUUAACAAAAGAAGAGCACAAAAACGAUUAUUUUGCUCCAUAUUGCUCCGGAGGAGGGUAUAUUUUAACAAACUCUACUGUUUACAAAAUUGUGCCAUAUUUCGAUCUAGAAAAAAACUUAAAAAUCGAUGACGCUUAUAUUGGAGAAGUAGCAUUCGAUGCAGGAAUUAAUGCAACUCAUACGUCUGGCUUUUACAUGUGGAACACGUGGUGCGAGUAUGUGAAAAAUAUUAAAGUUUCACAUCCCGCAAACGAUCCAGAAUGCAACCAAUUUUUACUUUUAAGAUCAAUGAUUGAUAAUGGUAAAAAUCCACGUGAUCUAGUGUUGGAAAAACAAAAGUAUUUUAAAAAUAUGUCACAUUUUAUAACAACAUCGAAAAAUCAAACAAACUAAAAACACGGAUAUAUUUGUAUCUGUUUGCUUUUAAAUAGGUUGGUUAGUUUACAUUACAAGAAAUGAUAGAUGUUUUCUAUUUUA